UGAGAGUUGGCCAUUUUUGAUACUGGCUGCAACUGGCUGUAUCGACGCUGUAUGUACGUGUUCGAGGUAGGAAUGAAGAAUGGUGUUGCGAUUUUGUCCGUUCUGCGCUAAUCUUCUCAGGUUCCGGGAGAAUCCAUCAGGCAAUCGAUUCGCAUGCCCCACGUGUCCAUACAUUUAUCCAAUAACGUCCCGGGUAACCUCACGCAUUUACUUCACGGGCAAGGAGCGUGCUGAUAUUCUUGAUGCUGAGUCCGCGUGGAUGGGAGUGGACUCGACAGAAGAACGUUGCCCCAAGUGUUCACAUCCACGUGCUUACUUUAAACAGAUACAGACACGCUCUGCUGACGAGCCUAUGACACUCUUCUAUAGAUGCUGCAAUCACGAGUGUGCUCACACGUGGCGAGUCGACUGAAUUCGCAGAAGUGGAAUAUUGCAAACAUUAGAUAUAUUAUGAAUCCUAGUUGUAUGGGUCCCAUGAAAGUUAUUAUGAAUAAAGC